UCCAUGGUUUUUGUUCGACAAUGUUGAUGAUGAUAACCAUUACACUAUUACAUAUCCAUAUCCAUCAUCAACACACAAACUGCUCAUCAAAUGAGUGUCGUGUGAAAAAGCCAACCACACACAACAAUUAAUCCUAAACAACCAAAUCAAAUUCAACCAUUCAACCAAACUAAACUGAACAAUGGAAAACGAUCGAACCUGGCCGCUUAAUGUCAUCGUUCAUUAUGGCGGCAAUAUGGUGGAAAAGAAAAAUGCCGAUGUGGAAAUCCUUGUUCGUGGCGAAUAUGCCAUCGGGCAUGUAAUGGCUUUGAUAGGACAAAAGAUCGGCACCCAACAUGAUUGGUCGGAUCAUGCAUUAUGGUGGCCCAGCAAAAAACGGUGGCUUAAACAUUGUCGCAUGACAUUGGACCAGUUGGACGUAUGCCGCAAUACAAGGCUCGAAUUUCGACCAAUGCAUCAAACACUACGCAUUCAAUUUCCCGACCUUAAUGUUGACGAACUAAAAGUCGACUUUUCCGUCAACGUAUUGACAGCCGUGGCUAAACUAUGUCAAGUGAUCAACAUUAGUCAUCCGGAAGAAUGGUCAUUGGCAAGGCCAUUGACCAAUCGACAAUUGAAACGCAAUGAUCACCAUCUACAGGCAAGUCCAUUACAAAGGUUUCCGGUCAACACCAGCACAUUGUCCGGACAGAAAAGCAACAAUAACAUCUACACUAAUCACACCAUCAAUCAUUCGAGCGGCAGUCUUUUAUCGCAAAAGUCCUACACCACAAUUUCAUCGAAUGGUUCAUCAUCGAUGAAUGAUUCUAAUCACAGUCUUAGCUUGUCAUCGUCAUUAUCCUUACCAAACAACAACCCUUCCACAUUAUUACCACAUCCAAAAACAUCAGUGCAAAAAGCGCGUCUCAAUUCGGCGUGGCUUAAUUCAUCCAUAUCGUUAUUCGAACAGGAUGUUUGCGAGAAUGAUCUACUGUUGUUAAAAAUCAAAUAUUAUGCAUUUCAUCAACUCAAAUCUUCUGAAUUAACUCGAGUCAAUUAUCUUUACGAAAAUCUAAAACGAAAUAUUCUUCAAGAGGAAAUAUCCUGCACCGAAGAUGAAAUGUACACAUUGGCUGCCAUCAUGCUACAAGUCAGCUAUUGCAGUGGGGAAAAUAAAUCCUCCACCAACGGACACAACCCAAUCCAACAUCGACAAUAUUCACCCAAAAUCAAUGGCAAUGGUCAUCAUCACCAUCACCAUCACCAUCAUCAUAACCAUACCCAUAAUAAUCAUCAUAAUAACAAUAACAAUACCAAUGGAAACGGAUUGAACGGUUCGAUAUCGUCAUCAUUCAAUGAUAUCGAUGAAGUUGACUGUGCAUUGGAAACGUUGGAAAAAGAAUUACAAACAACUAGUCUGGGCGAUAAAUCCAAUGGGAAAAGUCAGGUUCCAAUAUUGGAUGGUCAGUUGAAAAUAUCAUCUCAGAAAAUCAAAAAUGCCACAUCCACACUGGCACGAAUCCGAUCCACCAUUACAGGCGAUCGCACUUAUUAUGCAAUAUUUCGCGAAACAACAUUAUACGCUUAUCGCAAUACACAAGAUUUAACCAUUCCGGCCAUCACACUGGAUAUGGUUAGCUGCGAAGUGAAUCCGGAUGUAUUGGCCAGUCAACAUCGAUACUGUUUCCAGAUUAUCGAUUCGAAUCAUGGAUUAUGCUAUUACGUCAAAUGUCAGGAUGAAUCUCAAUACGCUAAGUGGUUUGCCGCAUGCAAACAGGCAACCCAUGGCCACACAAUGGCACAUUCAUCCUAUGAUCAACAAUACAGUCAUACAUUGAAACUAUUGCAAGUUCAAUCCAAAUUCUCGCAAACCAAAAAUGUCAGCAAACAACAACUCAAAAGUUUGGAUAUUGAGCCCAGUCAUUUCAUCGCGCCUAGAUUUCUGAAACGCAAAUCAAAAGAACAGAUUCUAGCCCGAAUCAAAACAGCACACGAACUAUUCAACAAUAACACAUUGAUCGAAGCGCAGAUGAAUUUCAUCCAAACAUGCCAAACCUUGAAAGAUUAUGCCAUCACGUUGUUUGUCAUUCGAUUUUAUAAAUCCAAAAAGGAGGAUCUACUCGGUGCUAUGCCCGAUAAACUGGUGCUCAUCGAUAUCAACAAUGGAACAUUGAAAAAAACAUGGAGAUAUAAAAAGAUGAUCGACUGGAAUAUUAACUGGGAAGUGAAACGGAUGUCCAUCAAUUUUGGCGUUGAAACCUUGGAAUUCGAAUGCAUCAGUGCCGAUUGUAAAGUGAUCCACGAAUUCAUAGGCGGUUAUAUCUACAUGUCGAUGCGCGGCACUCAGAUCGAUUCGUUCGAUGCCGAGCAAUUCCUCAAGUUGACCGGCGGCUGGAAUGAAGAUGAUGUUGUCAAUAAUGAUGACGAUGAUGAUGGCGGUAGCAAUGGUAAUGACGAUCACAUUACAAUGUGUCGACGAGAAGCCUGGGCCAAUCUUCAUCCAGGUCUGAUGGUGAAAUGAAUGUUUUUGUUGUUGCACAUAUUUAUUAAAUUGAUUCGAAUAAUAAAAAGAAAAUGAGAAAAAUUUAA